GCAUGAUCGCUUACCCCACAACCACUCAGAUCUAUACUCUAAACCAAAUGCCCAAUCGAAUUCAGUUGCAAAAUAUUCAUACUGUGGGCCAACUAUUCGCGAAUGCUGCAAUCCAGGACGUCGACAAGGCUAUCUAUCCACCCAAACAAUCGCUUCUGAGUCGUGUACAUCUCUAUCAAGGUGACAUUACUCAAGUCGAGGUGGACGCGAUCGUCAACGCUGCGAAUUCGACAUUACAGGGUGGCGGAGGAGUGGAUGGGGCAAUCCAUAUGGCUGCUGGACCGGCACUCGCCAAUGCGUGCAGAGAAUUGUAUCCUGGGCGACGCCCUUGUCCAACUGGCGAUGCUAAAAUAACCCCAGGCUUUCAGCUCCCUUCGAAACAUGUUAUCCAUGCUGUAGGACCAAGAUGGAGCGCUUCUUCAGAUGAGCAGACAUUGGCUAGUCAGCUCGCAUCUUGCUAUAGAAUCAGUCUUCAGUUAGCUGUAGACAACAACUGCAAGAGUAUCGCCUUUCCCCUGAUUUCAACUGGCAUCUAUGGUUACCCCAUCGAAGAAGCGACUCACAUCGCGCUCAAGGAAACACGCGUUUUCUUGGAUGGCAAUACCGAGUUGGACCAUGUAGUAUUUGUUAUUUUUACUGGCAGGGAUGGCGAUCAGAAGAUAUACGAGAAACUCAUCCCAUAUUAUUUCCCCCUUGGACCAGAAGGUGUUCCAGAGGGCGCCGCAGAAGAUGUUCCAGAGGGCGCUAAUCCUCUGUCGGGUGCGAAAGGUUCUGUAGAUGAAUAAUUUCUGCGCUUUAUUUCUUGUACUCCCGACACUUUGUUCUCAGCACCUAAUGAAAAUAGUUUCUCGGUGGUCCUCUUGUCA